ACCAUACUGGUCAUCUUAGUAGAUGUGCACACACACAAGCACACAAUUGGAGUCAACAAAGUAAAGCCAAAUUCCAUUAGUUAGCAUAGCAGUCACAACAAGCUGUACAAACUAAUAUGAAGCAACAUUAAUUGAAUUAAAGCAGCACAAAGUUUAAAAAAAGAAAAAAUUUAUUCUGAACUCCAUUAGUGUAACCCUUUUUCUUAACUUUCUCUUAAUCUUAACUAAAGUCGUAAAAGAUGCCACACCAGUUAGAUGUUUACCUCAUUCCAAAAAGGAUUAAACAUGAAGAAUAAAAGUUUAGUAGAAUCACAUUUUCUAAAGAUUUAUUGAGUUGUUUGGGGCAGACUUCAGUCUGAAAUUCACUCCAUCUCAGGCCACUUGGGCUGAACUUGUGUGGCUGUUACAUAACUGACACUCUACACGAUUAAAAUAAUUCAUGAUGACGGUUAUCAAACGUGAAGUUUUGAUCUUCUUUUGCUGUUGGUUCAGUGAAUUUUGGUCAGAGUGAUGAAACCUUCAUAUGUCAGUAUUCAGCACUGAUGGCAUGUUCGUGUAUGUGCCGUGGGGUGAACGAUCCACGCUUUUUGUUUUCUUUGUGCAGAAUCUGUUUACCUCUCAUUUGCUGUUUUAGCUGUUCGGCGAUUUUUGAAAUAGUUUUCUGAGCUUUAACCUGAGAGUCUGAAAGCCUCAGUAUAUAAAGUCCUAAUUAUUGUUGAGCUGACUUUGUGUUUACCUUUAGAUAGAUGAAGAAAGACACUUAACAGGCUUGAAUUGGUUUUAAAAUUUGUAAGAAUGCAGUUUCAUAUGCAGGUUUCGUCCGCCAGAUUUUCUAUGGUUAGACACCUUUUUAUGAUUCACAGUUCAAGCUAAUCCUUAUCUUAUGCUGGGCCUUUGUUCAUCUGAAAUAAACUGCUUUAUUUCCAUUCCCGUUAAUCCAAUCAAAUUCUCACUACACGUCCUUUGCAAACAGAAGGUUUGAACCGCACAAAAUCCCUUUAUUUAUAAAGUGAUUGCUGCUUGGUUUACUGUAUUUGCAUAGUUUCCACUGAGCCACUAUUUCUUGUGUUACGCCUUUUUGACAUUACACAGGUUCAAGAGUAGAAACAAAUUGGGUAAAGUCAGCAUUUAUGGUAAUCCUUAUCCUUAGUUUUGGGCUCACAGUGAUUAUUUGUGCAUAUAUUUACCUCAUGAUUUGAAACUUUAUCUGAGACAGAAAAUACGGUAAAUUUUAACUGUGCCUCUUUAAAUGUCAUGAUGUGUAAAGGUUUUGGUUUCUCCUCUGACCAGAUGAAUCAGGGCGCGGUGAUGACAUUACUGAAGCAGCUCCUGCCCCUUGCUGCUCUCCUCCUUCUGUCCAUUGUUCCCACUGAAACUGAAGUGGUGACAUCAGUGGAAGACUGUAAUGAGUUUUUUCUGAAGAAAACUCCACCAAACAUCACAAGAAUUUUGGGGGGAGGGAAGAUCUUGAACCAAAGCAGAUACAAGCUGAUUUGCCAGACUUUGAAUAACACCACAACAUUUGUGACACUCUACGACACCCAGAACAAGAUUCCAGUUUUUUCUGCUGCAAAGUUCAAUGGGAGCACAUCUGGAAGACCCCAGGUCCCAUGGAUGAUUGAACCACAGCUUGAAAAUCCAAGUGACAAUCCCAAUAUGAGACCAUCAAACAACAGUACCAAUUACAAGCACCAGGCUGGGGACAAAGACUACAAAAACACAGGUUUUAGCAGAGGACACUUGUUUCCAAGCUCUUAUGGAUCUACUGUUUUAAAAAGAAAUUCUACUUUUACUUUGACUAACAUUGUUCCACAAAAUAAAGACUUCAACAGCGGAAGCUGGAAUAAAAUGGAGAAUUGCAUCAAAUGUGUUUUGAAUGAAUAUUGCAAAAACAAUAGCAAUAUAGAAGGCUUUGUAGUUAUCGGAGCACAGCCCAGCAACAACCGUCUCAACCAAAUAAUCAGUAUUCCUUCAGUGCUCUGGUCGACCUUCUGCUGCUACAGUCAGAUUCAGAACAGCUGGCUGGCAAGUGCACACUGGGGCAACAACAGAAAUCAUGGCCCUGAACAUCUGGAUACAAAGACCUUGGGAGAACUCUACACAGAACUGGGAAUUGAAGUAUUUCCUGAAACACAAUGUCCUAAAAAUACAACAGUUACUCAUCUGUAUUCACACCUUCCCUCUAACUGCUCCUGCCCAUCAAAAAUGUCAAGUAAAUCUGUACAAAGUACAUAUUUCUCUUCCCCUGAAACCUCUGUCCCACUUUCCACCACAUCUGGCAAAUCAACAACUGCCCCUAUGAGUACUACAAUUGCAUCAGUCAAAAAGUUUAAAGUAAAUGUAGCCCGGGUAUAUUUUAUGGGGCUAAGUUUUAUUUCCAGUUAGAUAUAUCUGAAUAGUUCUGUUGUUCGUUCUACUGUGUUGUAGUAGUAAUAAGGAAGUGUGUUUAGGUGCUUUUAUUUUGAAAGGGAGCGGGCGGGAGGAGAGACGGAAAAAAAAAAGGAGGCAGCCACGAGAGAGGAGAGGAGAGAGAAAAAGCGUGCGCGAGAUGCGGCUAGUGUCUACAGAGACUUUUUUCCAAUGGACAGUGAGGAUAAAUCAUCCCACGCCCACGGCUGAGUAACAGAGCGUGACUGUGAGGUGGUGCAGCCCGGACUGGUUUGCACUGUUGCCUCGAAAGAUCCCCAGUUAGCGGCGUGCUAACUUGGCUAAUCGGAGUUAGCCAUAAAGGCGGACUUCGCUGGAUGUCGCCUGACCUGCACAGAGUGGGAGGCUACUGACUGCCAAGGCGGCCGAUCAGGUUUGCUGAUAAAAAGGAGUAAGCGUGCAGCUCGGCGACCUAAGGGACGGACCUCUCGGCGUACCGUGAGUGUAUUGUGGACAAAAGACUAAGGUUUCCAGGUAGGAGCACCAUUUUGUUUUCUUUUAGGACCGUUGGUUCCUACGCACCCUAGCAUCGAUCCAGGCCUGCACCGAGGGGACUUGGGAAACUGGGUGGUGUGAGAGUGUGUGUGUGUGUGGGGCCCAUUACAGUAAAGAACGGUGUAACUGUUAUUAUUGUUAUAUUUUGUCAUUGCAAGAGACUUUUUAUUUUAUUGAUUUAUUGGGUGUUUACCAGUUCAUUCAGUAAACCUGCUUGGUUUAAACAUAAGAUUUUGUGUCUAGUACUGUUUAUUAUCUAUAGUUCAAAGUAAGGUAAAAGUGUAUCUGUGUUUUAUACGUGUGUAAAUCAGGGGAACUUUCACUGAGGGCAACUAAGUAAGUUUAAGAUAACUAGAACUCAGGGCGUACCCGGCUAUAGUGGAGUACACAGUCAGGGGCGCUACAUAAAAUGGAGGCACCGCUGGGAUAUUUUGUUGUUUCAGUCUGAAGUUCCCAAGCACGUGUAUUUUGAGAUAAAAGCAGUAACUUUGAUAUUGUUUGGUCAUGGAUGUUCAAGCUAUGCACUCUGAGUUGUUCGAGGAGCUUCAGGAAUGGAGUCGUGGAGAGACCUUAGAUGAGGCUCACACCCUGAUGGUGCUUACUCCCGAAGGAGUGGAGAUAGACCAAAUAGAGCACACUCUGGAGAGUGUUAAAGCUUUGGGUCGAGUGCGGGUGAGAGGCCGAAGAUACAACAAAGCGCUUGAUAGGCUAACUGUCCUGUGUGAAACCAAAGAGAAAGUAGAUGCCACAAGAAUCCCACCUGAAGUGUAUCCUACGGGGGCUGGUGAGCCGUGGUCCAUCAUAGUGACAGCUGAAGCUUCGCCUCGUGAGGAUUUUUCCCAGAGUAAAUCGAAACGCGGGGCAGAAGCACAGGAGAAUGGUAACUCUGCAGAGUCGAUAAUCCGUGCUGUGGGCGAUUUGUUGGCAAAGAUGGAGAGACCCUCCAGUGAAGGCAGUAGUUAUCGUAGACUCAGAAUGUUCUCAGGCACAGUACCAACACCGGUUGGAGAAGAGACAUUCGAACAGUGGGUUGAACAAGCACACCUAAUGGUGGAGGAGAGUGACAGUUCUGCUAAAGAAAAGAGGCGCAGAAUCAUUGAGAGUCUUAAAGGUCCAGCACUAGCGGUGGUGAAAACUGUGAGGACAGCUGAUCCUGAUAUUAGCCCAGAACAAUGUCUAGAAGCUGUUACAAAAGCUUUUGGCAGUGCUGAGACGGGUGAGGAUUUGUACUUUGCUUCUCGGUUACUACAACAGCAACCGCAGGAAAAACUAUCCGACUUUCUGAGGCGAUUAGAGCAGUCGCUGAGCAGGGUAGUGAGUUGUGGUGGAAUUGAAGCCCACCGUGUUGAUAGGACCAGAGUAGAACAGCUCCUUAGGGGUGCCGUGCACUCCGACAUGAUGUUAGUGCAACUCAAGCUGAGAGACAGGAAAGAAACCCCACCCAGUUUUGUAGAGCUCUUAAGUGAGAUCAGAAGUGAGGAGGAGUAUGAAGCCUCCCGGGCUAAAUUGCAUCUGGUAGCACACAAAGUCCAAGCACAAUCAGAACAGGAUAACAGACAGAUUGAAAUUCAGAAUCUGAAAACUGAGAUUCGAGAACUGAAGUCUAUGGUUUCAUCCGUGGUAUACCAGUCAUGCCCCACACCAAGAGAAGUUGCAGAGCCUGUUCCAACAAGCAAGACUGACGGUGUAGAGAGUUCAGCAGAUGGCGAAGUGGUUGCGCUGAGAAAACGGGUUAAAAGGUUGCAGCAGAAGCUGGACGCCAGAGAGCAAAGGUCUGUUGUGUCCUCUCCAGUUUUGAGAGUGGAGCCGUCCAGGGCUGAUCUGAACUCUGCACGGACAGGUAACACCAGUGAUAAAGAAAGCAACUUUUGUUAUCGCUGCGGAGAAAAUGGGCAUUUUGCUAGUAAGUGUGGAAAUGCCGCAAACCAGGCCAAGGUUAUCCAGAGGUUCAUUCAGUCACGG